CUGAUUGGAUCUUCUUCCCGUCAAUCACAAGCCUACAAUCAACACAAACGCUACUUGUACGCCUAAUUCCUGUCUGGGGGGAAAAAAAACAACUAAAAACACACAUUUACCCUGAUUUUUAAGACAAGACACGACUCAUUCAGUGGGUCCUGAAUUGACAUCUGGAGGGGCACCAGAAAAUUCCAAAAGAUGACCCAGUCUGUGCACAUAAGCCCCAAAUUGAAUCUGGGGUCCCCUUUUCACUGUGCCACUCAAGAGGAAAUGGAACACGGUGCAUCCUAUUCUGUUCAGACUCCAUAUGGAUUCCAGCUCGACCUUGAUUUCCUUAAAUAUGUGGAAGAAAUAGAGAGCGGUCAGACUUUACGCCGAGCGAACAUGAGCCCGAGGAGAGGAUCACGUAGUGACCGAGUUUCUCAGAGGAGUGUAGGGGGUCGCACCAGUGGCUGGACUUCUACAGAAUCACUGGCGUCAACGACCAGUGAAGAUGGCCGGGCCCUUCCUCCACCUGCUUCUCGAAGCCAUGUUACAUCAGUCAGCAGGUCACAGCCGCUUUCACCAUCUUCAGUGAUCAGUCCCACACUACCAUCUUGUGCAAAAAUGCCACCUCCCCCACCUCCACGUAACCCCAGGGUAGAGAGAACGUUACUAGAGACAAGCCGUCGACUACAGCAGGAGCAGAGUCUGUACCCAAAUGGUAUAGGCUCUAUACUUUCAGACAGUGUCAAAGAUUGUGGAUCAAAUAGCAGCUAUUCUGUACCUUCUCAGAUCUCUACAGAUGGUCACCUACUACAGAUUUCAUCAGCUGUGCAGAAUCCCAAUUCUGUUGGCUGGACCAGAUUGAGUCCUCAGAAUUCUGGGAGAAGCACCCCAGCCUCCAGCUCUGGAAUGUCUUCAUUUCCCCCAGGGCAGCUUCAGACAGUACGAGAACAGAUGGCCUUAGCCCUUAGACAACUCAGGGAGAUGGAAGAAAAAGUAAAAGGAGUACCUGCACUUGAAAGAGAACUGUCCAUGCUACGUGAUGAAAAGAAUAGGCUGCUUGAUGCCCUCCAAAAGAAAACAGAAGAACUUAGUGCUCUGGUUAAUGCAAAAAGCUCUGCUCUGGUAGAACCUGCACACUUGUCAUCGUCUAUAGAUCCCAACAGUGCAAUUCAAGAGAUGAGUUGCAGAGAAAAAGAAAAGGAACUUCCUGUAUUGGCUAUAGAGAAAAGAUCCAUAGCUGUAGGUAGUGAUUUUCCCCUUAAAAUUGUGCUGGUUCAGGAUGCAAAAGAUGCAGCUGUAGAGGCUGCUGUUGAUGUCUGUCACAGAGGUGUGGAAACUGAGCCAUUGACCGUUUGUGAUGAAGAAGUCCAGGCCGGAGUCACAACAAAUGAAGUGGCGGUCUGGGUAAUGGAGUCGUUACUUGGGCUAUCAAGUGAGACUGAACAAGAAAUAGACAACCUGCAGGAGACAAUUAAGUGUCAGCAAGAGUCAGUCCAUCUCCUUGAGAGAAGGUUAACCCAGGCCAAUGAGGACCUUGAGGAAUUAAGGGCUCUGGAGAUGGCGAGAACGUCAAAGAUCAUGCUAGAAAAAGAGACACUUGUAAAACCAGAGACCGCUGAUGUGAUAGUGGGAACUGAGCUUUGCUCCAAAACGUCUGUAGGAGUUGGGGUUUCCGUUGCAGACUUUCCAGUGACUAAAAUUGAUCAGAGCAGUCAAACGGACUUUGUGGAAGCAUCAAAUAAAAAGGUGGCCGUAAUCCAGGUCAGCACAGGUAUUCAGUGUGAAGACCUUUUUAGCGCUGACAAACAAGACUAUCAGGAACAGUCUGUCUCUGCUGAUGCUACAGGCCCCCUGAAAUCCAUCAUGAAGAGAAAGGAUGGGAGUGGCUCAAGUGCUGCUUGCAGCAGUGGCAAAAAAAGCUUAAAGUUUGUAGGGAUUCUCAAUGGAGGUUACGAGUCAACAUCUAGUGAAGAGGAGGAGGAGGAGGAUGGAAGCUCCUCUGACGGCGGGUGCUCAGACAGCAGUGACGAAGAGGCCGCAGCUCUAGAGGAUACUUCUGAUGAAGAAAGGAACAUUAAUUUGGACGAAAGUGAUAGUGAUGAAAACAUAGCAGCUGUGACAGAUGGUGUUAAGGAACAUGCUGAAGUACUAAAGGAGAAGUUUGAACUGAGUUCAAAAAUGCGUGAGGCUUGCCUCAUUUUAAAGACCCACCUUAAUGAUGGUGCCCAAACAACAAAGAGUAAAGAACUGCUGUCCAGCACCCACACUGUGCAACUGGAAUGGUUCAGAGUGUCCAGUGCGAAGUCGGCACAGACAUCCCGAGUCUCCAACUACCUGAUGGCUUUCUCAGAGCUUUCUCCUGCUCUGUUGCUGCACGUAGUCAACAUGACCGACGGCAACGGCAACACAGCUUUGCAUUACAGUGUUUCCCAUUCCAAUUUCACCAUCGUCGGACUACUGCUCGACACAGGUGUGUGCAAUGUGGAUAAGCAGAACAAGGCAGGGUAUACCGCUGUGAUGCUGGCAGCAUUAUCAGCAGUGAAAGAAGAGGAAGACUUGUUGGUAGUCAAGAAACUAUUCAGUAUGGGCAACGUCAAUGCCAAGGCAAGCCAGGCUGGUCAGACUGCACUCAUGCUGGCAGUGAGCCAUGGGAGGCAGGAGAUGGUGCGAGCUCUACUCGAGUGCGGUGCCAAUGUGAACAUACAGGAUGAUGAGGGCUCCACAGCCCUCAUGUGUGCCAGCGAGCACGGGCGUGCCGAGAUCGUCUCUCUGCUGCUCGAGCAGCCUGGCUGUGACAUUGCCAUCGUAGACAACGAUGGCAGCAAUGCCCUGUCUAUUGCCCUGGAGGCAUCUCACAAUGACAUUGCAGUGCUACUGUACGCCCACAUGAACUACUCUAAAGCUCAGUCUGAUGUGUCCCCCAGAGUAAACCCUAGGAGUCCAUCCAGUCCUAGAAAGACAUGGCCCUCAGAGUGAUGGGCUGCCAGCUCUAAAACUGGCGAGAAGUGAAUAUCUGCAGCAUUAAAUACCUUUUACAGGAAAAACUAACAUUGUUUGCAUUACGUUUAUAUGUAAUAAUGUUUUUUGUUCCAGAUAUUUCAUUUACACACAGUGUUAGGCCAUUUAUUGCAUUAUAUUACACUUAUUGUUUGUAUUAUUAGUUAUGAAAGGCAUCUGUGGAUUUUUGUCUGGUGCAGAGAGGACAAUCAAUACCCCUGUAGCUCUUUUAAAGAUGCGGGUCACUGAUCUGAGAACCAAAGAAUGUCUUAACUCAGACUUUUAUAUUGAAUGUUUUGGGGUUCAUCACGUUUUCCCCCAGUGGAUUGAUGUGCAGGUGAGCUUUGAUUUGUUCGGACUGAACAUGGACUUUGUUUAUUUGGAACUCACAACAGCUUGUAGCUUUGGGAUCACACUACGAUCAUUUGGGAAACUCGCAGUGUUUUUGGUUUCUUACAAUGCAACCAAACAAGCAACACAGCACUGACUUGCUAGAAAAUGAUGUAUCUGUAGACUCGCAUGAUCUUGUGCAAUGUUUCUUCCUGGCAAUCACAUUUGCUGGACCACAUGAAACUUAAGAACAUUAUAUUUACAGUUGAACUGUAUCUCUUAUUUAAAAAAAAAAAAAAAAAAAAAAAAGCGGAGUUCCUAUAAAGUACCUAUAACGGUAAGGGUGAAUUUUGAUGCAAAACAUAUUUUUAGACAAAGUAAAAUGUGCAUUGUUUUUUUUUAAUUAUUGUUAUAAAAGAAACCUAUCCUAUGUGGGUAGAGGUUUUUUUAAAGCCUACUUGGCAAACACUAUCCUACCCAGGUCUGACUUUUUUUUUUUUUAAUUUGCAUACACAACUAACCUAUGACAAGUAAUUCUGAAGGAUAAACAGACCACAAACAUUUUCAUACAGUAUUUAAGAUGUCUUGCUGGAUGUGGCCAUCUGUAUAUAACUGACUUUGUUGCUGCAUAGCUUUAUUUAGUGAGCACAGUCCUAAACAGGACACACACACAGUAAAUUAUAUCCAAAGUACAAAUCUGCUCAAAAUCAUAAUUGAGCAUUGCAGGAAUCGGAACCAGAGAACCAGAUCGAACCAGUUCCCAGAUGGUCAAAUCAAGACUUUUGCUUCUGAUAGGAAAUAUAAUCAUAGUAAGUUUAAUACAAAACAGGUACCAUAUUAUCUAGUGGUUGCACAGGGUUAGUUUGUGCCCCCUAGCGGUGAACAUGCUCAUGUAUCGUGGGAAAUGUGUAUUAGAGUAUUAUAUACUGUGCUCUCUAAAUACAGCAGGAAACUUAAACUUAGUCAUUAAUGUUAAAAUAAAAAAAAAAGCCCUUAUUAUGAUGGCUGACACACAUAAUGCACAGAAGUUGUUUUUUUUUUAUGUUAAAGAUUGUACCAAAGAUAAUUUAACAGCACAUUAGGGUGUUUUUCCCAACCCAGAAUAAGGUUUGUGAAUCAGACAGAUGGACCAUGUUUUGAUUUUUUUAUUAUUUUUUACAUACGUUUAACUUUUCACUUCAGCUGAUAGUAUAUUAUGGUGCCCACUGUAUUAUAAAAGCAGAUAGUAAAAGAGUUAAAGGUUCAUAUGCUCAUCUAAUGUACUCUGUUAACGUGUUAUUUUUACUAAUUAUUUGCUUGUUUCCUCUUCCUGAUUUGUGCCUAAUCCAGCACUGCUCCCUGUUACUGUAAUAUAUUAGAGCUAUUUUUAUGUUUCGUUACAUACCUUGGGAUAUUUCGCUACCUUAAAACAUGAAAAUAAAACUGAUUAUAUAAAGGUGA